AACACGUAGCAUCACGGGCCGACUCGGUUCGCGGACUACGUUACACUUUACAUAAAAACAUCGCGUUCAACGACAACGGGGCAUCAACUUUCCCAGCGAAGACAUAAGCGAAAUUGAAUUACACAUAUUGAAAAAGAAAUGUGUAGCUCCUUGGUAGGCGUGGUUUGGUUUAAGACUCCUCCUACCCAGUGAUCCGCGCAUGAAUCGCAGCGUCGUCGCAGGCGAGUCGCGCGCGUGAAGUCAGUGUGAAGUGAGCCGUGCGGCCGGUCUGUGUCGUGCGCCUUCGCAACUUCGCCACUCCACCGCGACGAGAAUAGUUCUCCCUUCUCCACUCCCGACGCGAAUACACAAACUUUCGAGUGUUUGACUUGGGCGAAAUUUAAUAUAACUUCGUCGGACGAGCUCGGGAAGUGAGAUGAAGGAAAGUAAUGAAAACAAAUAAAUAUUUUGUUAAUUAAAAACGCCAGUCUUAAAGUGCAAAGCUUGUUGUGUGUUUGAAGAGGAUGUAAAUAGCAGAUGGUGAUGUUCAGAAAAGAUUACUGCAAAAGAUACCAAAUUUGGAUACUUGAUGACCAAACAAUGAGGAUAUCACGAAGAUAGUAAUUUCAUCGAUUCGUCAUGCGGAAUUUGCAGUCGGAGGGUAGUAGAUGGCAGCACAGGCGAGCGUGCUGAGAGAUGGCAGGCGAGCAUACGCGAGGCGGCCGACCCCUCGCGCGCCUUCUCGUGUUAGCCGUUUUGCAUGUUAAUUUUAUAGCUCUAGGUCUGGAACCCGACUUCAUGUUCCCCCUUGAGAACGUGACGAUCGCCCAGGGCCGCGACGCGAUGUUCACCUGCGUCGUGAAUAACCUAGGCGGUUAUAGGGUGAGUGGCGACUCCGCCACUGCCAGGGUCGCAUGGAUAAAGGCGGAUACAAAGGCGAUUCUAGCGAUUCACGAGCACGUGAUUACAAACAAUGCAAGAUUAAGUGUCACACAUAAUGAUUACAAUACGUGGACACUUAAUAUAAGGGGCGUUAAACGAGAAGACAGAGGACAAUAUAUGUGCCAAGUAAACACAGAUCCAAUGAAAAUGCAGACAGCAUUUUUGGAGGUGGUAAUACCACCGGACAUAAUCUAUGAAGAGACGUCGGGUGACAUGAUGGUGCCCGAAGGCGGAUCGGCCAAGCUGGUCUGCAAGGCCAGAGGCUUCCCGCCGCCGAAGAUUCUUUGGCGCAGGGAGGAUGGCGGAGACAUAAUUUCCAGAGGAGGACCACAGGGGAAGACAAAAGUGACUUCUCUGGAGGGCGACGUAGUGAACCUGACAAAGGUGACGCGUUCCGAAAUGGGCGCGUAUCUGUGCAUAGCGGCCAACGGCGUGCCGCCCUCCGUGAGCAAAAGGAUAAUGCUACACGUACAUUUUCACCCGCUGGUGCAAGUGCCAAACCAGUUGGUCGGUGCGCCGAGCAGCACAGACGUCACUCUCCAGUGUCACGUCGAAGCGUCUCCUAAAGCCAUCAACUACUGGACCAGAGAAAACGGUGAAAUGAUAAUAUCAAACGACAAGUAUCAGAUGAGCGAAAUCAACAGCUCGGCGUACAGCGUGCAGAUGCGGCUGAUUAUAAAGAAUAUCCACCGCAGCGACCUCGGCGGCUACAAGUGUAUCUCGAAAAACUCCAUAGGGGAUGCCGAGGGCAACAUCAGGUUAUAUGAAAUGGAGUUACCCCACCACAAGUCCCGUGACGACGAUGACGUGGACUCUGUUAAGGAAGAAACAAACGACGUGCACUCCAGCCUUCAAGGAUCCCGCUGGGAAGGCGGGCCGCGAACGCAGGACGCCGGGUUCCUCGGCCGACCGCCCCCCGGCGCGGCGACCCGAUCUACUUCGUACGCGACCUUUUUAAUAUCAACCCUAGUUUACGUCGCGUGGUAAACUUCUCCCGUAAAGCCAUGUGCAAAGUUAAGGCUUGACUAAAACAAACGCACGAUAUCUCAUCACAUUAUUGGACUUGAGAGUUUGAACAUGAUUUUCUCGUCUUUCGCUUUUAAGGUAUCCCUUUCAAUAAAGGAUCUGGGGGCGUCUAAAGGUCCCCUGAAGAUUUAAGGGAUUUAUCAAAUCCGGUU